AUGCUGCUGUUACGCAACGUUCUACGUCCUGGUCUGUUCCUGCGGCGUUCUUUUUCCACCGGCUCUACAACAUGUACAGAGUUCCCCUUCGACCGCCCUAGCCCCAUGCGACUUCCCAAGGAGGACCAAGAAGAGUUUGAACGGCUUGUUCGUGAAAAUGAAAAUAAGACGCCCUUUGUGAGCGAGGAUGAAGAUGGCAACGUGAUUAAUCUCCAUCCGGAUGCCCGCCAAGCCCCUGCCGCUGACUUCAAAGGCGAUACCAACCCUGAAACUGGUGAAGUGGGAGGGCCGAAAUCCGACCCGCUUCGCUGGAAAUCUGAGUGGUCCUUCGGCGGACGUGCUACUGACUUUUAA